AUGAGUGGGCGCUUAGCCAUGGGAAGCAGAUUGGCCACUUCGGGCCGUACGCUGUUCAAUGGCAGCGAAGACAUGUCGCAUAUCAAAAGCGCAUACGUUAUCCAGCAAGACAUACUCCUUCCAACUCUGACGGUCCGAGAAACACUCAUGUACGCUGCGCAGUUGCGUCUGCCAUCAUCUGUAACCCAAGCUGAACGGAAACGGCUCGUUGAAGAGGUCAUUCUCGAGUUGAGCUUGAAAGAAGCAGCUGAUACAAGGAUUGGCAACCAUGCACACAAGGGGUGCUCAGGUGGAGAGAAGAGAAGGACGAGCAUUGGGGUGCAACUCCUAUCGAAUCCCUCGCUGUUAUGGCUAGACGAGCCCACUACUGGAUUGGAUUCGACGAGCGCUUUCCAGGUUAUCAAGACCCUGCAGACACUGGCAAGAAAAGGGAGGACCAUAAUCGUUACAAUUCAUCAGCCACGUUCCGAGAUAUGGGAUCUAUUCGACAACGUCAUUCUUUUGUCGAGAGGCAAACCUGCAUAUGCUGGUAGUGCAAAGGAAUGCCUACCCUACUUUGCAAAACUGGGUCAUGAAAUGCCACCAUUCACUAAUCCAGCAGAGUAUCUGAUUGAUAUCGUGAGUAUUGACAACCGCAGCGCAGAAGCUGAACUUGCGGCCCAGGAACGGGUCGGCCGUGUGAUAGAGGCGUGGAGAGUACAUUGUAAUAGUAACCCUAAUGAGAAGGAUGGAGCUGGCACAUUGAGUGCUUCAGUUACAAAAUCCUCGACGAGGGAUAAGCGAGAUAAUCGCACAUCACUCAUCCAACAGACUCGUGUACUUACCGCGAGGACUUGGACCGUGACCAUUCGUGACCCCAUGGGUAUGUUCGGCAGUUUAGUCGAAGCCAUUGGUAUGGCCGUAAUCACAGGCUGGAUCUUCCUGCAGCUCGAUGGCUCCUUGACAGGUAUACGGUCUCGUCAAGGAGCGCUCUAUAAUGCAGCUGCGCUUCAGGGAUAUCUCAUUCUCCUCUAUGAGACAUAUCGACUUACUACCGACAUCCAACUAUUCGACGAAGAAGCGCGACAAGGCGUUGUCAGCAUACCAGCCUUUCUCAUCUCCAGAAGGUUGGCCAGAAUCUUUAUCGAGGACAUUCCCGUUCCUCUCAUCUUCUCCCUAAUCUACUACUUCUUUUGUGGAUUCCGCACCGAUGGAGGCCAAUUUCUUACCUUUUUCGGUAUAAUACUGCUACACCAGUACAUCGCUGUAUGUUUCGCCAUGACUUGCGUUGCAGUCUCGAGGAACUUUGCUGGUGCAAGUCUGGUCGCCAACCUGGCAUACACUCUGCAGUCCAUGGCCUGUGGUUACUUCAUCCAGUCAAACACCAUUCCCAUCUAUGUACGCUGGACCAAAUGGAUUGCAUACGUCUUUUACGCUUUUGGGGCUCUGUGCGCCAAUGAGUUUAGCGGCCAUUUCUACGAUUGUCCACUCGAGGGCGGACGAUCGAAUCCUGAUUGCAAAGAAUACGAUGGCGAAUUCAUCAUGGAUUCGCUCGGCUUUCCAAACAAUUGGAUCUGGAGGCCCAUACUUGCGCUUCUUGGUUUCGCAAUUGCCUUUUACGUUGGUGCUGGUGUGCUGCUUAAGUUCUGGAACGCUGAAAUUGCUAUGGCACGCGCAAGACCGACCAACACGGACGCUUCUGCUGGCAAAGAGAAGAUGAAUGCGCGACCACCCGAGAACGUAAGGACUAUUGAUAUCAGGUUGGAAAACUACGGACUGGACGUCGAGAAGCGUUCACUGCGGAAAAGAUCCACAAAGACUAUUCUAAACCCAAUCACAGCAGACUUCCGACCCGGUUCGCUCAAUGUGAUCAUGGGACCAUCAGGCUCCGGAAAGACGUCUCUGCUGAAUAGUAUGGCCAUGCGACUCAAGGACAAUACCGGAACGCGAUAUAAGCAGUAUGGAUCUAUGACUUAUAACGGGCUAAUACCUGCACGGGAAGUCGUCAAUUCAAUUUGCUCCUUUGUUACACAGGAUGACGACGCACUUCUUGCCUCGCUUACUGUACGCGAGACUCUACGUUAUGCAGCUGGAUUGCGUUUACCAAAGUGGAUGUCUAAAGAGCAAAAGAUUCAAAAGGCCGAAGAGAUUCUCCUAAAGAUGGGUCUCAAGGAUUGCGCUGACAACCUCAUUGGUAACGAUCUCGUCAAAGGCGUUAGUGGUGGUGAGAAGCGUCGUGUUACGAUCGCUGUGCAGAUUCUUACGGAGCCACGGGUGCUUUUACUCGAUGAGCCAUUAUCUGGACUUGAUGCAUUCACGGCUCUCUCUAUUAUGGACGUCCUCCGCGGAUUAGCACAAGAAGGCCGCACGCUCAUAGUAACUAUCCACCAGCCACGCAGCGACCUGUUCAGUCACUUUGGAAAUGUUCUUCUCUUAGCUCGCGGUGGACAUCCAAUCUACACAGGGCACUCAACGGACAUGUUACCUCACUUUGCAGGCUUAGGCUAUGAAUGUCCAGAGCAUGUCAAUCCCGCUGAUUUCGCGCUCGACCUGAUAACAGUUGACCUCCAGCACGAAACACGCGAGGCCGCCAGUAGGAAGAAAGUGCGCAAGCUUAUUCAGUCAUGGAAUCCUGAUGCCUUCCCCCUUGCUCGUACUGGCUCGAUUACAACACCCGCAGAACUAGGUAGCAUGGCACGAGAGCCUUCGUCAUUUUUUUCGGCAUACUCAAUCUUGAUCCGCCGAUCGACGAAGAAUAUGUUUCGCCAGCCAGACAUUAUCAUCGCGCGAAUCAUGCAAAUUUUCGGUCUGGGUAUCGUGCUUGCACUCUACUUCUCUCCACUAAAGACUGAUUACUUCUCUGUGCAAAACAGACUUGGAUUCCUGGUCGAAAUUGCGCCACUCUAUUUCGUCGGCAUGCUGAACAAUAUCGCUGUCUAUCCAACUGAGCGAGACGUGUUCUAUCGAGACUACGAUGACCGCGUCUACGGCGUGGAAGCAUUUUUCCUCACAUACAUCACCACCACGACGCCCUUUGAAAUCAUCGGCUGUCUUAUGUUCUCGGUCCUCGCUGUGUUCGCUGUCGGUCUAGAACGCAAUGCGAAAACAUACUUCAUCAUAACCUACAACGCGUUUUGCAUUACCAGCUGCGGCGAGAGUUUGGGCAUUGCGUUCAACACACUAUUUACGCAUACUGGAUUCUCGGUCAACUGCAUGUCUGUCUUCCUCAGUGUCGCACAAGUCAUGGGAGGCGUUCUUUCGCUCGACAUCCCUGAUUUCCUGCAAGCCUGGAAUCACCUCUCGCCUGUCAAGUGGGCUGUCGGCAACAUGGCACCGUUUACUCUACACGGAUUAAAGUUUACCUGUGAAGAUUGGCAGCGCGUCAACGGACAGUGUCCUAUUCAGACCGGAGAACAAGUACUUGACUUGUACCGGCUGAAUAAGAAUGCGAAUAUGAACCUCAUGGCUCUAGGUAUCUGCGCAAUCGUGUAUCGCUUCCUUGCAUAUGUUGUGCUGAAGAUGGUCAAGGAAAGGUGGAUAGGCAAACUGUGGAGGAAGAUGGGCGGUGGCAAGAAGAAGUAUACAGCUGAGAUUACGCGUGAGGCAAAUACACCUACACCUGCGUAA